GACUUUAUUUGUGUUUCUUUACUCUAUCCUACCUCUCCCAUACAAAAACAAAGUCCCUGAGACUGACAAUCUACCAGAUCCCACAGAAUCAUCACAAAAACUCUCUACUGGAACUAGGAGAGCAAGAUUCUGGUUAGUUUAUAUUGAUUAUACUUCAUUCUCACAUUCGCUGCGAAAAAUACUAUUCAUUUCUAUGCCAUGUCCCUCGAAACUGCAGAAGAGUUCAUAGAGAUGUCCGAAAGAACACUGCCACACCAUGGUGGCUGGGACGACGACCCUGGUUCGUACCCCGCACCACUGCCAUCUCCCAGCAUUGGAUCUUUUGGUGAUGAGUUCAAUAAUGUUUUCGAUGAUCUAACUACCCUUACAAACGACGACUAUCAAGGUUACGAUUACCAUCUCGGUCAUACUUCUGAUUUGCUUGACCAUCGUAUUGACGUGCGACAAUGUGGAGGAGAACUCGAUGCAUUGGGGGAUGUUACUGGGGACUCCAGUACUCAAGCACCGUCUCAGACGACAGGUCGAAUAUUAAACGAUACACAACCAACUGAGAUGCCGGCAAUCACUCAAAUCAACGACGCUUCUGUUUAUUUUUCUGAUCAAAUGGAAGGUAAUUUCGAGGUGCCUCAUUUGCCUGAAGCGCCAAUAGAUUCUCAAAUUUCUCAAAUAUUAUCGGGGUCGAGCACAACCUCUGUGUCAGGUCCCCACGCACACCGCCGUGAAACAUCUGUAAGUUGAAAUUUUGAUGCAUCAUAUUUUCUGCGACGAACCAUGUUUAUGAAAAUUAUGUCAACGUCUGGCCCUUACAUAUGAGGUCCCUGUUGCAUGCAAGGCGUAAUUAAUUUCAUCUCUAUGGUCUAACUUUAUACUUCCAUUAUGUCAGUGAGAUGGGAGGUAUCAACACUAAUGAUGUUUUGCGAUAGGAGUUCAAUGUCUUGGGGUCCAUAGAAAACCCCAGACCAAUGCUUCGGCCAAGAGCAUCGACCAGAAACAAGGAGAGUUCCUCAUUCCAGGGACAAAAUCAGAUACAAAAUGUUAGGGGAACAGCGCUUGAUGGUCGCGAUCUUGUAUCCGAUCAGGCUGACCACUACGCGAGCCAUGAUCCCUCUAUUCCUGUGCACGAUAUAUCCACCAACAUGAACAUUCAAAGCGAGUUAUUUGAUAUUGUAUGCGAGGGAAUGCAUGGAUUUGAAGACAAAAAUUUAGACCAGCGAUUAGUCGCUUCGAAAAUAAAAGAUAUUAUACAAGCUUUCUACCGCAGGGUCGCUGCUGGUGAUGAGACACAGGAAUUGGAGAUCUUGAUUUUGGACUCUAUACUCGAAUUCAUUCGACACGACGCUGUACCAUGGAGGGAUAUGAAACCCACGAAAAUUUCAGAGGCUGUCUAUAAGAUCUACUUCGAUGCAGGAUGGACUUUCAACCCCUCGCGGGAGGAUCCGCCGAGGGGACAGAGCACAACACCAGCACUAUCUAGCUCAUCGCAACAAACACACCAAACCUCAUCGGUAUAUUCCCAUCAAUCCAAGCGUCGGAGUAACUAUGAAGAUUCCAUGAGUACAGCCUCGUUAUUCAGCAAGCGCCUUAAGAGCUCUCCAGAAGAAUACCAUUGUUACUACGACGAUUGUAACGCACGUGUCGAGCCCAAAGAGAUAGGACGCCACAAUACCAUCCAUAACCCUUAUGAAUUCACAGCUUGUAUUGUGCCUGGUUGCGACAAGAUAUUUGUGAGGAAAGAUGCUAUGAGAAAUCACCUCGACUCCAAAUUCCAUAAAAGAUACAUUGAAAGUCUUUCAAUAGAGGAAAAGAGCAGAUUACCAAGACUUAUCAAAAGGAACACUUUCGUGAUUAAUGAUCGGACUCAUGAAUAUUGCGUGUUCUGUGAGAAAGAACUUCUUCGCGGUUCCUGGGAAAACUGUCAUAUGAGUCAGGCCCACAUCAUAAGUCAUCUAAGAACAUCCAAAGCAUCGAAAACGCCAUUGGUCUUUCGACACCGAUGUUCAAAUAGAGAUCAAUGUGGAAAAAAGGAAUACUGGAGGAGUAGCCCCUGCGUUCAACCAGAGAAUCGAGAGCGGGUUCCAAGAAGUGAUGAUGACGAUACUGAUAGCGAAACACAUCAGGAGAUUGAUGGUCGCAACGAUGAUUAUACAGAAGAUGGAGAAAGUAUCGACCGAGGAGAAAGUGCCGAUUCAUAUCACCAUUCCCAAAAGUCCAGUGACUACGAUUUUGCCGAAAGCAACAAGAGCUUCACCCGUCGUAAUUAUCCAACAAAUCGCCACCCAUCUUCUUACAAAAGUCCAUACAGGAGCAGGACACAUUCGACGUCGCUACUCUCUGGGAGAUUGGAAACCUCCCUAGAGCCAGAAUCGGAUCUUUCAAUGACUAGGUAUCUGGGUGCAAAUUCAGAUUUGGAGCACUUCAACAACCAGAACCUUCAGGAUACAUCAGAUAGACUUUCAAGGUGUGGCGUAUUGGUAAAUUCGGUAAAUUCGUUAGCGGCGAUUGCAGAGCCAGGAGCCAAAGAGGACGGCUCACCUUCAAUUAGAUGAUAUCUCAUAAUUGUGAGAUUUAUAUAGGUAUAUUUGGUUUAUGGGCUAGCUGUACAGACUAGCAAGGUCUUCUUUCUUUAAGGUCUUCUUUCUUUCUCUUUUCUCUUCCGAUCAAGCUGGCAUUGUGGUUAUAUUUGACUUCUUAUCAAUUAGCGUUCUUUGUGUUUAUGAUGUAAAUAUUAUUAAUAGUGUUAGUUGUAUAGCGCUAGACAGUUCCCCCAUCGCCUACAUUAGGUAAAUGGUUUACAGUUGAUUAGCUUUACUAG